AUGAAUUUUGUGCGUUCAGUGCCAGUAAUGAAGUCAAAAAACGAAGAAGCAACUGAAAAUGAUGCAAGUUUAGUUAACACGCAUUCAGCAGUUGGUUUCGGAAAUAAAAAGACAAAAAGUGAUCAAAUGAUUCCAAUGCCAUCAUCAGCAACAAACUCUCCUAGUCAAUCUGAUAUAAAACCGGUAUUAGGACAAAUAACAAUGAAUCAUCAGCAAAACGAACCAGCAACUAAGAAGCGACGAGUGUCAGAUGGUUCAACAACGAAAGUUAAACCACCACCAGCAGUUGCAGUCGCACGCAGAAAUGCUCGAGAAAGAAAUCGUGUUAAGCAAGUAAACAACGGCUUUUCAAUGCUUCGUGAUCACAUUCCUCCAGAAAUUGCAGACACUUUUGAACAAGCUGGAAGAGGAAAUGCAAAGAAAUUAAGCAAAGUGGAAACUCUCAGAAUGGCAGUUGAAUAUAUCAGAAGCUUGGAACGCAUGCUAGCAUUCGAUACUUCAAAUGACUCUGAUAGCUCAUCAACAAUGUACUUAAAUAAUAAUACUAAUAAUCAUUCAACAUUCUCGAACCUCUCGAUGAUCUCUGAGUAUACAACAAUUCAUAUUCAUCCACCACCAUCACCUAUGAAUGUUCAACCGUUAGCUAGCAACACGAUGAAUACUGCGCCAUCAUUGAAUUUUGUAAAUGAUAUAAAUUCGAGCACGAGCGUAAUUAAUUCAACAGCAAACUCCGAAACACCUGCUGGAUCGAUCUCGCCAUAUAGUGGACAUUCAUCACUCUCACCUGCUCCAUCGCACCAUGCCGAUAACAUCAACAAUAACAUAAUUAUGGAAGAGAGUCAAUAUACAACGAUUAUAACGAAUGGUCGACAUGAAGUAAAAGAAGAUCACGAUGAGUUUAAGCAGUCGCUCUCUUUCCCAGAUCAGCUAAUGAUCCAAUGCGGAAAUAACGAAACAAGUCAUUAUGAAAAUUUAGUUUUGAAACAGGAAUUAAUUGAUGAUGACGGAAUUUUUGAUGAGAAUUCUUUGAGUAAUGAAAAUAUGAUUGACGCAAUGCAAUGGUGGGAACAACAGCAAAACCUUAAUCAAAACUCACCGUCAUAA